AGUGGUGACCAUAAGGUUCCGUGAAGGAGGAAAAAACACAUAGAAUGCCAAUGGCAGUUGAUGCAUCUACCCUUAUUUGUACGUACCGGAGGUUUAAGCCACACCUCCUAAUGGUGCUGGCUCAGAUAGGCUAUACUUUUCUAUAUUUCAUUACAGAAGCUUCCUUCAAUCAUGGGAUGAAUCCUCAUGUUUACAUAACUUACAGACAUAUAGUUGCUGGCUUAGGAAUGCUACCCUUUGCCUAUUUCCUUGAAAGGAAGAUUAGGCCAAAGUUGACAGUAGCCCUAUUUUUGGAGAUUUUUGUUGUCUCUCUUUUGGGGGUGGGAUUGACUCUAAACAUGUAUUUUGCAAGCUUGAGAUACACCUCUCCAACCUUUGUUGCAUCGAUGGUCAACACCAUAGCUUCCCUAACUUUUAUAAUCGCAAUUCUUCUCAGGUUAGAGGUUCUUGAUCUUCGAAAACCUCGUGGGGUAGCCAAAGCUGUUGGAACCUUGGUUUCCCUGGCAGGAGUCAUGACCAUGACACUUUAUAAGGGACCCAUUGUGAGGAACUUAGGGCAUCCUCCAAUCCAUCUUCAUGGAAAAACAACUAUCCAGGAGAACUGGCUGAAGGGUUCAAUUCUUACAGUAUCAAGCUGCAUAACAUGGUCUAUAUGGUACAUUAUGCAGGCAUUUACAUUGAAAAGAUACCCAGCAAAAUUAUCACUGACUACAUGGAUGUGCUUUGUUGGAGCAGCACAAUCAGCCGUUUUCACUGUGUGCACAGAACACAAACCAGCUGCUUGGACCAUCGGUUUCAACAUUGACUUGUGGUCUACCAUCUAUGGCGGACUUUUGAUAUCUGGUUUAGUAAUAUUCAUCCAGUUGUGGUGCACAGAAGAAAAAGGACCAGUGUUUGUGACAAUGUUCAACCCCCUAUCGACAAUAUUAGUGGCAGUGCUAGCAUACUUUGUAUUUGGCGAGAGACUUUACAUGGGCAGCAUACUAGGGGGAGUUGUCGUCAUUAUUGGGUUGUACUUGCUGUUGUGGGGUAAAGAAGGUGAUCAAGAAGAAAUGAAGGCGGAGGAGCAAAUCGUUCCAACUUGUUGUGAGGAGCAUAAAAACCUGAAAGUACCAGUAUAUACUUCUGCUGGAAAUUACACGAAAGAAGAACCAUAAGAAUAAUAUAUUAUUCAUCAGUUUGUCAAGAAAGGCCAUGAUGUGCUCAAUAAAACCAAGAGAAAAACAAAGAAGGAAUGAAUAAAAAGAUAAUUUUUGGAGCUAGAUUUUCUAAUCGGUGACAGAGUCAGGUGUGAAGGACCACAGUCGGGGCAUGCGUAACAUACGAAUUGUGUAUCUAGAAUAUGGCAAGAAAUACACAGCUUUAUAGCUACUAAAUUACCAAAGAGGUCGCAACGGUUUCCCAUUCUUAAUUCAGGGAAUGAAUAGCAAGAUUACACGGUUUUGGCGC